AAGGAAAAGGCUGGCACCGCAGCGCCCUCUACCGGUCAGACUCGGCACUGACCCCUCCGUCUGCUUUUCUUCGCGCCUUACACUCGCUGCUGCUUUCGCCCACAAACAGUAAAACGGAGCGUAGCUGGCGAGCUAACGUUAGCUAACGGGGCUCAAGUUUAAACAGUUGGCGUUCGAGAAACGGUAAAUCUGUUAAAUCCGACCGUUUUCUUCCAGUGUCGCUGCUGUGGGACUGACGAAAUAAAGAAAUGGUGAAAAUAUCUGUUCUGAAGGUGGAGAACCCAUCGUGUCUCUGGGGUGCCAUUUGGGGUCUCAGCGGCGAUGUGGAGACUUCAGAACAUUACAAAAAGCUACAUUUUCAGAUGAACCUCUUCUACCGCGACACCACGCAGGACGUGUGCACGCUAAAGCCUACGUCGUUGGAGGAAGGACGGGUGUAUGUGGUGUACUGGGCGGUAAAGAAGUCGUGGUUUCGGGCCAUGGUGGAGUCGAUCUUCGUGGACUCGGUUUCCUGUCAAGCUUGUUGCUUUCUGGUCGACCACGGAGAGCGAGUCGUCGUCCCCUCAGAGCAGAUCCGGGUGGCAAUGGAAAACUUCCUUCAGCUGCCUUUCUGGGUGCAAAAGUUCCACCUGGCGGGAAUCAAACCAACAACCCUGCGAGUGUCUCUGCUUGAGGAGAAGGCAGAGCUCAAACCGUCGGCUCGGUGGGACAGCUCUGCCACGCUCUUCCUGCACAAGCUGCUGCAAGCAUCGACCCUAAAGGAGGCCGUGCUUCUUGAACCUGAGUCAGACUCUACCCCUAUCAAGCUUUACGUGACUGUUGGUGACAUCAAGAUCUGUGUGAAUGACGACUUGGUGGCGAAGAGGUUUGCCUACUACAGCACAAAAUCAGGCGAUGGCCUGGAGGAGGGAGACCGACUUCCUGUGAUGCUGUCCUACAGCAUCUUAACCCAGCGCGUCUCCCCCAAGCCGACAGCACAAACCCAACCGCCUCCCGAUCAGCAGAGUCUGGUUGAAGCUGGGGGGGCAGCUGAUUGGCUUACAGCUCCUUCCCUGCCUCCUCAGAUUGUACAACACAAGCUGGUGAAGGCUGGAGGUGAACAUGGGUCAGUGGUCACAAAACGACAGCUGUCUCCAAACAGCCAGUCAGGGAGCGGCUCAGACGCAGCUGAGAGCAGCUCGUCAGACGACGCAGACUCGUCUCUGGCUGCAGCCCUCACAAAAAACCAUCAGCUGUUCAGGUUUCUACAGUUUAUGAAGCCGGGCAGCAGUUCCGAGCUGGCAGCUCCCCAGGAAGCUGAGGUGUUGCCUCUGAUGAGCAGUGAGAAACCAGGAGCUGAGAAUCUUCAGAGCUGUCAGGCUGAAUCUUUGGUGGAUGAAGAGGCAAGCAGCUCCAGCACAUCUGUCGCCUCGGCUCCAGCAGAGGAGACCCAGAGCAGUGAGAAGGACUGGGCCUGUGCACGCCUGUUGGAGUUGUUGAAUCCACAGGCUCUGAACCCCGAUCCCGACGCCCAAGACGCUGUGGUUUCUCCCCUCGACCCCUGCCGGAGUGGGAUUCUGGUGCACGCUACCUUCCCAGCAGAGCCGUGGAUCAGUGUGAAUGACCCCGCCAUCGUAGACACCCUCUGCUGGGUGCAGCGGAAGCAGUACAGCACCUUGUCUCCAGCUGACUGUUACAGCUGGCCAGCUGUGGCUCGAGGAUGCCAUACCCUUGUUAUCUCCAGCAGCGCAGACCAGCCGCUCAGCUACCUUACCCCACUCCUUACCCACAUCAUGCUGAACUCCAUCUUCACUUCCCACACCUCCAGCUCAGGGCCCAUAGCUGUGCUGCUGUGUCCCGGUUGGGAGAAGGUCCAAGCUGUAUAUGACCUCCUGGGGGUGAGUAAGGUCUCCCAAAAGCUCUACCCCACAACUGUGCUGCUGGGCAUCAACAAGGACGAGGCUAAGAGUGUCAAGAUCCCCAAAAACUGCCUGCUGUUGGUGACCACUCCUUUCAGUCUGGUCCGUCUGCUGUCCUGCCACUGCUUCCUCUUCCUGCGGCUGUGCCACCUGGUGCUGGACGAAGCUGACCAGCUCUUCAGUCUGGCUCCAGAUGAGAUGACGACCAUCUUGCAGCACUUCCAGGUCACCUCUGACAAGGAAAGUGAUUCCUGUCCUCCACAGCUGAUUGUUGUAGCCAAAAGAUGGACAAAUCACAUGGAGGGUUUGUUAUCCACUUACAUGCCAUGCCCCAGCAUCGUCAUAAGCGUUCCUGAGGAAGCCGCUCUCUAUGGAAACGUUCAGCAGGUCAUCCUCAUGACUCUGGAUAUCAGUAAGAUCUCAGUCCUGUUGGGAACGCUUGGCUUCAGCCCCGACGUCGGCCAGAAGACGCUGAUCGUAGCAAACUCCUUUCAGGAGGUCGAAGAUGUGUUCAAGGCUGUGAGCACCAGGUCAGUUUUCUGCCUCAAGAUCCACGAGGGGUUAACUCACGACAUGGACUUUGUGCUCGAGCAGUGGAAGAAGGACAUCGGCCCCGGCACUCACGUUAUUCUCGUAACCACCGACGAUUGUCUCAAGGGUCUGAAUAUCAGAGAUGCGACCUGCGUCGUCCAUUACAGUUUCCCCUCCUCUCCUAAGCUCUUUGGCAGCCGACUCUUCUGCAUGGCUGAAAACUUCAGGAACUCCUCAAAACAAGAUCAAACGAGGAGCAGCUCAGCCGUCACCAGGUCGGUGCUGCUGAUCUCAGAAAGGAACGCCCGCCACGUCAUUGGGAUUCUGCGCUACCUGGAAAGGGCAAAUGCCCUGCUGCCCCCCGAGCUGCUGACCUUCGCACAGGGGGUGCAAAUGGCACGCGAGGACCAGAAAACAGACCACCCCCUCUGCAGCUACCUGAAGAGUUUGGGCGUGUGCAGAAACAAUGGCAUUUGUCCUGAACGCCACCGCGUCGUCUCACAGCUGGAUCAGUCCAAACUGCCGGCAUCUGGAGUCAUAGAAGUUGUACCGCUCUACAUAAAGACAGCGUCAGUCUUCUACGGCCGUAUCGUCGAGGAGGAGGACGGGGGCUUUGAGAAAAUGGCCUCUGAGAUGGCUUCGUACUACGCAGAGAAGAAGCUUGGAGCCAAGAAGCUGCUGGAAGGAGGACUGUACGCUGUGCAGGAGGACGAUGUCUUCCACAGGGUGAAGCUCCUCUCUGUGCCCGACAGAGGCGGCCGGCUGUUUUUCAGCGUAGUUGCUUGCUUCAUUGACAUGGGAAAGGAGGAGGAGGUGAAAUCCUAUCAGAUCCUCGAGCUGCCGGAGCAGUUUCACUCUCUGCCUGGACAGGCCGUAGAGAUCGUUGUCUGCCGAGUCAAACCAAUUGAUUCUGAGACCAGCUGGCACCCCAAGGUUACCAGAGCCAUCAGCCAGAAGAUCCGCGGACUUCAGCAUCGAGCUAGAGUAGUUCUCAGCCUGGGAAACACAGUUUUUGUUGAUCCAAUGGUUCGGGUCACCCAGAUUCCAGGAAUGAAAACUGUCAUCAAUGAAUACAACGUCCAGGCGGAGAUCCUGAAGACCGGGAUGGGAAUCAGGAACCCGGAGCAUGUGGACCUGCUGAGGGCGCUGUGUGAGGAGAACAGCAGCAGCAAGGAUGAAGGUCACAUGUCCAGGCUUGGAGAUAAUAUUACAUCUCUGAAGGAUGUCAGGAUUACAGCUGAGGAAGAAGUUCUGGCCAACAACCUCAAGGCUCCAGACCUUUCUCCACUAGAGCCAAUGAGGUCAGGAAACCAGUCCCUGGUCCCAGCACCUACAGACCACCUGGUCCCAGUGUGUGAUCAGAACUCCCAGUCAGAGAGUGAGGGUGGUUUUGGACAAAGAAGCACUGAUAAGAAGCCAGCUGAGCAGAUGGAGAGCACCAGAGCUGGAGACGUUUUCCCAUCAACCAGCUACACUGCUGCUCUGAACCUGCAUGAAGAAGGUGUGCAGGAAGGUGCUGGUCAAAGCAGUAGGCAGCAGGUCAUCAGCACAGGCUCUGAUGAUGCAUCACGAAGUUUCCACCCUCUGAUCCGCUGGUUCCAGACGCCCGACUCUGCGAUUGUCACCGUGAAGCUGGCAAACCCGGAGAAGCAGCGCUGCGACUUCUGCUCGGACCGAGUCAUUUAUAGUGGCAGCGUGAACGGUCGGUUCUACAGAGCUGACCUGGAGCUUCGCUACGAAAUCGCAGCUGACGUUUGCUGCUGGGAAAUGAAAUCCAAUGAACCAGUUCUCAAACUGGUCAAGCAGCAGCCGGGAAUCUGGGACAAACUCCUCAGAAACAAGAAUAUAUUUGUGAGUUAUGACAUGGAGCACUUUGAGGGUGAGGAAGAGGACGGAGUGCCAAAUGGUCAGUGGUUUGUGGAGAACACGGGUGAAGAUGACUGGUACAGGAACUCGGAGAGCAGCAGUGAGAGCGACGACUUUAUAUAACAUCCUCCAGCCAUCGUCAUCCUCGGGGUCGUGGUGUCUGUUCUGUGACCUUUGACCUCAGUAAUGUUUGAGGCUUCUGCCUUUUCAAUGGGAGCAAAUUAACUUCAGCACAGAGUAGGGGUUCCAGAUUUACUUACACGAGAGUCCAGCUGCAGCGUUUCUCGCCGUCAUGUCAGUGACAGGAAAAAAUUCAGAUUCUGUUUUCACUUUGAUUUUUUUCCCGUUGUUCUGAAACGGUCGUAGUGUUCCCCCUCCGACCAAGGUUUGUGUUCUCGAGCUAUUUCAGCUGUCACACUUCCUCUAAAGAAAUGACACCCGUGCAUCCUCCAUUAGAGCCCCUCCUGAUGUUUUAGGUCAUAUUGUGAGGAAAUGCAGACGAUCUGAAACUUUCGUCCUUCAACAAACAUAAAAAACAUGGAACCAAAAUAUUAAAAAACCAAAGUGGUCGUGCUUUCAGGCUGUUGCUGCUGGUCUGUACCAACAGACCGUGAAAUGAUUGGUUAGGAUCUCUAUCAAAUGUCUGAUUUAAGAAAGCUUGAACCACUUUAGUUUUUAUGAGCAGUUUAAAAGGUAUUUUCUGUAAAUUCAUGUUUUUUAUUGAGAUAACUUUCUGACUAAAGAUGUUCGUGCUGACAAAACGUAACAGUGGAGGGAUAACCAGCACCAUGUGCAGAGAUUUGUGGAUCAACUGUCCCUUUAAAUUGGUGAACGAACACGGGGCUCCAAAAUACUUCCUGAUGUCAGUCACAUGACGGUGAGAUGCUGAUAACAGACUCUGGUGUGUGUGUGUGUGUGUGUGUGUGUGUGUGUGUGUGUGUGUGUGUGUGUGUCACAGGGAAUAUUGUCAGGUAAAUGUAAUGACUUGAGCCAAAACUGCAUUUAGAUUUUUCUUUAUUUCAAAUUCUCGUCUGUAAUUGGUCGCUUCGCCUCCAUAGGAGCUUUUUAUUGUGCAGCAGCAACAACAGCAAAGUCUUAAAUAUAAAGUUUACAAUAAGAAGUGUACAUGUAUAAACUGACGGUGAGAAUUUAAACUAGUCUAAGAUUUAGAGAUUUGAGAGGGAGUUGUUUUAAGUUUGAAAUGAAAAUGUUCCUUUUUAAGCUUAAUUUUACAGAUGAUUAAAAAUAUUCAGUGUGA